AAACCUUUAUUUUUACAGGUUUUGACCAAUGGUGAACCAACCAGAAGAGGUCAAAUUAGGCAAUAUUUGUCUGCAGCUCUAGACAAGGCAUAUAAUGCUGUUUUAGAUGGAAUGGCAAUUAGGAAAGCUGCCACUACCUUUGCUGUUCCAUAUGCUACACUGCAUGACAGGAUUAGUGGGAAGGUUUCUAUUGAAUGUAGUACCACUGGUAGAGAACCACUAUUGUCCAUGGAAGAAGAACAGGGACUUGUUUCACAUAUUGAAGCCAUAGCAAAUUUUGGGUAUGGCUAUACAAGGGCUGAAGUUACUACUAUUGCCACAGACCUAGCAAUAUAUGUUGGAAAGAAGUCAAAGAAUGAACAACCCCUAUCGCUUCAGUGGUUCUAUGGGUUUAUGAAGCGAUGGCCUGAUCUGUCUGUGAAGAAGCCACGAACCCUUGAGAUACAGAGAGCAAAAGCUACCUCAGAGGAGACGAUCACUCAUUAUUUUAAUGAGCUUGGGCACAUCAUUGAUAAGUACAACCUGAAGACAUGCCCUCAUCGCAUUUAUAAUGUUGACGAAAAGGGACUUGUGGAGCAUCAUACCCCACCAUCAGUUGUUACAUCGAGUCAGAGUACUCCAGCUGCAGUCACAACAUCAAGAUCAAGUACUACAACUGUUAUAGGUUGCGGCAAUGCGGCUGGUAGUUCUAUACCACCGUAUUUUGUAUUCAAGGGCAAGAGGAUGCGGGAAGAACUCCUUUCAGGAAGUACCCCUGGAGCAGCAGGCACUGUAAGCGACUCUGGCUGGUCAAACACGGAGAUUUUUCAGCACUAUCUGACAGAGCAUUUCCUGAAGCAUGCUGUCGCCGCGUCUGCAGAUAGUCCACUUCUUAUUGUGUAUGAUGGUCACAGAUCACACGUAUCUAUUCCACUCAUCGAAUGGGCACGUCAACAUCACAUUAUUUUGUUUGUACUGCCUGCACACACUUCCCAUGUUUUACAGCCAUUGGAUGUUGGUUGCUUUGGACCUUUUGCUAAAAUUUACAACAAUCUCCGUCAUACGUAUAUGCGGGAAAAUGCCACAAGUUCAGUUGAUAAACAUUCUGUUUGUGAACUUGGUUGUAGAGCUUAUAACCUGUCGCUGACACCAACAAAUCUGCAAUCCUCUUUCAGGAAAUGUGGAGUCUAUCCCUUUGACAAGUCUACCACCGCCAAUAUCAACUUUGCGCCAUCAACAGUUUUUAAAUCGACUGAACCUUUGCUGCAUCCUGAUACUGGUGUUAUUGAUUCAUGUGUGCCAGUUGGAGACAAGGUUGUCACUUCACCUACUGAGGGCAAUGAUGUAGCAGGAUUCUUUAAAGACAAGACGACUGUACUUUUCAAGAAAGCUGUGCCUACUAAAAAGAGAAACGUUCUGAGCGCUGUUGUCGGGGGCAAGGCCAUCACCGAAGACGUCAUUCUGAAUAAAAUUAUUUCCCACCAGACUGUGAAAUCGGCACCCCAAAAAGGAAAGCAAGCACCUAAACCAAGUAAAUCUUUAAAUAAAACAACUACUGUCACUGCAACGAAUGCAAGUACUGGAACUUCACGGUCCAACGCGCAUCAGGACGAUAGUUUUGAUAGUGAUGUGACAAGUGAUGACGAACUCUGCUGCAAAUGUAGCAAAUUUGUACCUGAUGAGGUUCGAGCUAAUGUCUCACUGAUCAUUACAACCUGGGCACACUGUACCCACCCUACAUGUCAGCACUGGACACAUUUAUGUUUCUGCACGCCAGUUCGUGUUGUGCGUCGACAUUCUGAGUUUUGGUGCCCCUGUCACGAUUAGCCUGGAGAAUAAC